AUGCAGUUUCCCAUGGGCCCUGCCUGCAUCUUCUUGAGGAAGGGCAUCAUCACUGAGAAACAGCGGGAGUGACCCCUGGGACAGGAUGAGAUUGAAGAGCUCCGGGGAGCAUUUCUUGAAUUUGACAAGGAUCACAAUGGAUUCAUUUCUUAUAAGGAUUUGUGGAAUCUCAUGAGGACGAUGGGUUGUAUGUCCACAGAGAUGGCGUUGACCGAGCUGGGCCAGCAAAUCAGCAUGAACUUUGUUGGCCGUGUAGACUCUGAAGACUUUGUGGAGCUGAUGACUCCAAAAUUGCUUGCAGAGACAGCUGGGAUGAUUGGUGUCCAAGAGCUCAGAAACGCCUUCAAAGAGUUUGAUGCCAAGGGAGACGGGGAGAUCACACUGGCAGAGCUACAGCAGGCCAUGCAGAGGCUUCUGGGAGAUAAGCUCACGCCCCGGGAGAUCGCUGAGGUAGUCCAGGAGGCUCACAUCAAUGGGAAUGGCACCGUUGACUUUGAAGGUGAUGCACUGGGCAGUAUUGCAAGAAUCUACAUUGAACUCCACUCCUAUCCCCUGCCACCAGGUCCCCGCAGGCGGGGGCAAGUGGUGCCUAAACAUGGGGCUCAAGGUACAGACCCUCGCCAGACAGAGACGGUUGAAGACAGACCCGGGUACACAUUGAGGACGGCCUCUGACAAAGUGAAAGUAACUAAGCUGGAUCGCUACUUUGUUUGA